CUUUGUCUCCCUUAUAUAAACUUCUUAUCCUUCCAACCCUCUCAUCGCCACACACCCAAUACGUGUUAUCUCUGUUUCAACCCCUAGCUUAAUUCUUUUUUCUUCUGUACUCAUGGAAGAUUACGUUUCCAGAAAGCGAGUUCGUGAUGACUCGGACGAGUUCGAGUUGGACUCGCCUGAGGUUAAGAGGCUCCGCGACGACCUCCUCUGUAUUCUCGAUGACUCUGAUCCUCUUGCCGACAAGGAUCCCGCGACUCAUGACCUGGCCUCCGUUAUGAAAAUAUUUGAAGAACAGAUAUCGGCGUCUCCUCCCCGGUCGGUGCCUGUCGUCGAUUUGACGUCGGAUUCGGGCGAGUCCCAGCCGGAUAUAAGUUUCCUUCUAGAAGCUUCGGAUGACGAGCUCGGCCUCCCGCCUUCUUGGUCGUCUUCGAGCGAGGAGUUGAAGAGCGAAGAUGCUAAGUUUGUGCAAAUUUCGACCGAGUCGAGUGGACUCAGUGAGUUUUGGGGUUUCGGUGACGAGAUCCCGAGUUAUGACUCAUUCGAGUUUGGGUUUGGGGAAACUCACACCGUUGCUAAUAACAACGGCGAGUACGUUGCGUUGGAAGGACUGUUUGAUCAUUCGGAUAUAAGUUUCGGGUCAACCGAUUUUUCGGAAUUUUCGUGGCGGCACGAAACCCUCCCGGCGCUGUAGUCCGAAACGAUGCGUUGCCUUUAAAACAAUGGCCAACAUGUAAAUUUUUUAUUUUUUUCAAAAGACUAAAAAAUCAUAGUUGGUAGGAAUAGGAUCAGAAUGAAAUGAAAGAGGCUUUAAGUCAGUGGAAAAUUGAUUGGUUUUUUUUUCCAGCUCUAUCGGGGCAUAUGCAUCUUGAUAAUACGAUGUAUUCGCCUGCGACCUGCGAAUCCAGAAAUGAUAUUGAAAGUUGAAACGGACAAGAAUAAGAUCCAUAUGCUUUGCACAUAUAUUAGUGGUGGGGGACGUAAAUUAAUAUUCCCCUCUUAAUCUAAUAGUUUCUAUAAAAUUGUGAUUGUCGAA